AUGGCGUUGCUGGGCCGGCGGAUCGGGGUGGCGGUGGCAACUGCCGCGUUCAUCGCCCUCGCGGCGUUCGGAUCCGCCUCGUCCUCGCCCAAAUCCUUCGUGAAGUCCACCGUCUCCGCCCACGACGUUGUCAUCUUCUCCAAGUCAUACUGCCCGUACUGCAAAAGAGCAAAGGCCGUGUUUAAGGAGCUUGAGUUGAAGAAAGAGCCAUAUGUCGUGGAGCUUGAUCAGCGAGAGGAUGGUUCGGAGAUUCAGGAUGCCUUACUUGACAUAGUUGGCAGGCGUACCGUUCCUCAAGUUUUUGUCCAUGGAAAGCACUUGGGGGGCUCUGACGAUACUGUUGACGCUUAUGAAAGUGGAAAACUGGCUAAACUUCUGAACAUCGGAGUGAUAAAGUCUGUGAGAGCCCAUUUGUUGGAUACCUCAAAGUUUCGACUUAUCCCGCACCGCCAGUGGUCUAGUCCAACUUGCCGUGAUGGGACUGGCAGAGGGAAGUUUCCCUUGGCAGCCAUCACUCUAGAUGAUUAUCUUCCAAUGCGAAGUACUGAAGUGAAGAACCGGACAUCAACAGAUGACAUCACAAGUCUGAGACUAAUCACAGCAGUCAAAACCCCCUAUUUGCCUGAUGGAAGAUUCGAUCUGGAAGCAUAUGAUUCUCUCAUAAACAUGCAGAUAGAGGGUGGUGCUGAAGGUGUAAUAGUUGGGGGAACAACAGGAGAGGGUCACCUCAUGAGUUGGGAUGAACAUAUCAUGCUCAUUGGGCAUACAGUGAACUGCUUUGGCUCUAGAAUUAAAGUGAUAGGCAACACAGGAAGUAACUCAACCAGAGAAGCUGUUCACGCAACAGAGCAGGGAUUUGCUGUUGGCAUGCAUGCAGCUCUACACAUCAAUCCUUAUUAUGGGAAGACCUCAACUGAAGGAAUGAUUUCUCAUUUUGAGGCUGUCCUCCUAAUGGGCCCGACCAUUAUCUACAACGUGCCAUCCCGGAGUGCCCAGGAUAUCCCCCCUGAAGUUAUUGUGGCAAUUUCAGGCUAUCCGAACAUGGCAGGCGUCAAGGAAUGCGUUGGGCAUGAGAGGAUCAAGCACUAUGCUGACAAAGGUAUAACAAUUUGGAGCGGUAAUGACGACGAAUGCCAUGAGUCUAGGUGGAAAUAUGGUGCUACUGGAGUCAUUUCUGUUACUAGCAACCUUGUUCCUGGGCUCAUGCAUAGCCUCAUGUACAAAGGCGAGAAUGCGAUGCUGAAUGAGAAGCUGUUACCCCUGAUGAAAUGGUUGUUCUGCCAACCAAAUCCGAUUGCUCUCAACACUGCUCUGGCUCAGCUCGGCGUGGCAAGGCCCGUCUUCAGACUGCCAUAUGUUCCGCUUCCUCUUGAAAAGAGGACCGAGUUCGUCUGGAUUGUUGAGGCUAUUGGACGGGGGAAUUUUGUGGGACAAAAAGAGGUCCGGGUUCUUGAUGAUGAUGAUUUCGUGUUGAUCAGUAGGUACUAG